ACGCGUGAUCCGGGUUAAAUCAUGCGUGCGGAAAGGCCGGCCUCCGCCGCUGUUCGCGUUGCGCAUCGGGAAGGAACGCGCGGCGUAAAGUUCAGUAAAUUCGUCAUCCACGGACAUUCCGAAGGAUGAUUCCCCGAGAACGUUUUACCAUCGGAUCGCGGAUAUCGGAGCGAUUUCUCAGAUCGGGCGGCACUCGUGGAGGGAAAUUUUGGUUCAGCAUGGCUGACGCCGCGACGUACCGUAGGGUGGUUCUUCUGAAAUAUCAACGUGAACGACAUCCCGAAGGUAAUAGCCUCGAAGAAAGUGAAAAAAAGUCUCGUUUUUAUAUUCUUGUGAAAAGCCACGAGAUACGGCGGAAAGCGACGAGAUGUGUUUGACCAACCCACGCAUGGCCGUUUCGGCCAAAUGAUGUCGGAAAAUGCCGGCCUCUCGGGAGAGAGAAAGAGAGAGCCCGUUUCAGCAUCCGGUUUCUCCGACCUCUUUCCACCGCGCGAAACACCGAUUUUGUUGUUGCCUAAUGGGAAAAGCGGCGGAACGAGCUCGCUCGGAUUGAAUUUGUCGUCGUUCCUCUAUCAACAAGUUUGCCUCAUUAGGGAACUGGGCCAUCUCUGGGAAGUGAUUUUAAAUGUCAUUGAUCGCGCGACCUUCGAUGGAAUUUCGCGCGUACAGUUAUCACACGUCGUCGCUCCUCGCCGCGAUCGAAAGUGAUCGUUUUGGGGGUUGUUCCUUCGGCUUGAUGAAAUGAGUGAUCCUUGUCGUGCGAAAUCGAUUCGCGAAAAAUGUGAUGUGUGCGUGAUUCGAGUGCGCGCCUCUUGUCGAAAAAUACGGCGUAGAUAUGUUUUAUGGUGCUCAAGCGCUCGCCGUUAUGUUGGAUAAUACCUGAAGGAGCUCUAUCCGCUGCCCUCGACAUAAGACGGAGCAUGAUCGUGCAUUCUCACAUACAAUGGAAGCCGAGGACGACGAAGAGGUCAAUGACAGUAAUGAGGGCUCCGACGAAUCCAGAACCGAUGUUUGGGACAGUGUCGGGGGCGGGGGCGGGAGUGAUGAAGGCGGAGGAGACGAACAGCUCUUUCAGAUCAGCCGGCUGCAGCAGCACGCCACCUCCGAAAAGAGCUUCAACCGGCAAAUGGUUGGGCGUAUAUUGGUGGAGAUGUUUCGCGCAGCGGUCAACAAUAAAAUAACGCUAAUUGUCGAGGAGGUCAUGCAACACGUGCAGCUUGUUAUCGACGACAAUGAUGCUUUGGUACGGUCAGAUCUGAUGGAACAAAUCCCAAAUGUGGCAAUUAUCUGCCACGAAGCGCCACAUCUUUUCGGAGACGUCCUUCGCAAUCAUCUGCUUGGUAUCAUCAUGAAGUAUCUGAGCGAUUUGGAUAAUCAGGUACGGCAAAUGGCACAAAGCGCGCUGACAAUGUUGGUGAAACGAGGAUUCCUUGACAAUGAUGCGAUUGAAAAUAUUAUUUGUCCGACGAUAGAAAGUCUAUCCUAUACGAUGAUCGACGAACAUGUCCGAAACGCAAAUAUCUCUCUCAUGUGUAGACUGGCACCGUUGAUUGGUAGCGAACUUACAGAAAAGGUCUUUCUGACACGGUACUUAGACCUAUGCGAGGAUAACGACAUGAUGGUGAGAAGAAUCUGUGCUACUCAUUUUGGAGAAAUGUGUACUGCUGUGGGAAAAAAGAAACUGUACAGCAAAUUGAUUCCUACAUUUGUCGACCUGUGCGGCGAUAGAGUGUGGAAUGUGCGAAAAGCGUGUGUUGAAGUGAUGAUGCCGGUCUCUUGCUGUUCAACGCCUGAGCAUCGCCGAUUGUUACUUGCUGACAUACUGGCCAAAUACUUGAACGACGAUUCGAAAUGGGUGCGAAUAUCAGCUUUUCAAAUAUUAGGUCCAUUCAUAUCGACUUUUGCCAAACAAUUUGCCGAAGUCACUUACAAUAAGAAUGGCGAAUUAGUGUACACCAGUAAACAGGAUAAUCAUCCCAGUAUACGUUAUUCGUACGAAGGAAUCUUCCCUACGAAGAGCGGAAUUAAAAGUCAAAUACCAGAUAUGGAUGAUAAUACCAAAAGCCCUUUUUAUCUGCCUGUGAUGAAUUUGAGACAUGAUAAAUUAUCGAAUUCUUCGGAAGAAGAUGAUUGCCAGAAAACGGAUUUUUCGCCAUAUGCCUUGCGUCAAAAAGAUUAUUCAAUUAUAAAAAAUUAUCUUAAAAAAGAGGCGACUGAAUCUGAGAAAUACAAUCCAUUUUUAUAUUAUUACAUACCUCCAGAUGUACCGUUGGAUGAUGAACUUAUUCAUGCCGCAAGGCAAUCGGCGAUGAAUCGUAAUAAUGUCCAGAAGGCAGGAACAACAGAAGAUUCUACGAGCGAAGAAAACAGCUCAAGUUGCUCUUCCGAUAUCCUGAUUCCUAUCAUAAAUUUAAGUGUGGAGGAUGAUCCCAAUAUCGAUGAACAAUCAAAUAAAUUCAGUGAACCAAAGGAAGAAGAAGAAGAAGACGAUGAUGACGAUGAGAACAGUUUUCCGAGAUUAGAUUCAUUGGAUGACACUUCAAGCUGUACCCCAAAGUGUACUCUAGAGAAAAUUUUAGAGAAGAUAAAAGAUAAAGAUAGAGAGAGAAAAUUUUAUAUAUAUGAUAUGGACUCCAUGGAUAAAAGUGAUGAAUCUUAUAAGAAUUUCGAUGUAAAGAAUAACAGUCAAGAGAUCGUACCUCAGGAAUUAAUAAAUUAUUAUGUAUCAAUGGCCGAUCCGGAGCAAUGCGUGGACAUGGGUGCCGAGAUCCCGCAUCAUUGUGCCUUCAGUUUCCCCGCAGUCGCGCUCACACUGGGCAAAGAGAACUGGCACUGCUUAAAGAAGGCUUACCAGUCAUUGUCGAGCGCGAAACAUUGGAAAGUCAGGCGUACACUGGCGUCCAGCAUUCACGAAAUUGCCAUGAUUUUAGGCGAAGAACUCACUGCCACUGACUUAGUGCCGAUCUAUGACGGUUUUAUUAAGGAUCUAGACGAAGUCAGAAUAGGUGUGCUCAAGCACCUCGCGACCUUUCUGAAAAUACUCAAACCCAUCGAUCGCUGCCAAUAUUUGCCGAGGCUAAGUGAUUUUCUCGCCACGGAUAACGAAUGGAAUUGGAGGUUCAGGGAGGAAUUGGCCACGCAAUUACUUGAGAUUGUGAGCCUAUUUAGUACGAGCGAUGUAGCCCAAAGUAUCGCGCCUUUAUCUUUCCAAUUGCUUGUAGAUAAGGUUGCCGCUGUUAGAACCAUCGCACUUGAAUUGAUUACGCGAAUCAUGUGCUAUUUAUCCACCGAAGAUGCUCUGGUCAUGUCUCUUAUUCACGAGCUUCGAGAGACUCUAGUUUUAAAUGCUAAAAAGUGGAUACACCGACAAACUUAUGCGCUCGUGUGUGCUCAUCUGAUCCGCAACCACGCGAUCACAGGAGUUAAAUUUUCUAAAGAAAUGUUACCAUGUUUGAUAAAAUUGUCAUGCGACAGAGUACCUAAUGUAAGAUUAGCUGUAGCGAGAACUAUAGCGACGGACGUAAUUGCGAUGGGUUUCGACAACUUGGGCAUGGAAGCGAUAGAAGAAGUGGAAAGAAUACUCACAAAAAUGCGCGUUGACGUGGAUCGAGAUGUGCGAGUGUUGGCUGGAGGUGAGGAGCAGCAGAUAGACAUAUUGGCUUAUUGUUCUUCCGAUGAGAACAAUCAAGUUGAACAAACAAGAAAUAUAUUAUUUUAAUAGUGAUGUAUUCUGAUCUCAUGGAUCAUGACAGAGUCACCACGGUUUUAUAUAUGAAAAGAAAAUGAACUUUUUAUAUAUACAUAUACAAUAUCACAAGAUGCGCCUUGGUUCUUCCACACGAGUGACUAGUUCUUGUAAAUGAUAAGCCAAAAGUGUGCAACUAAUUGUGAACAUCAAGCUUUGACCGCGAUCUGACAUACAUGUCAGUGUCAUGUAUCAGAUCUAGUUGCAAUUGCAGAUAGAUCGAUGAUGUUGAAACAAAGCUCAAAGUUAAAUAAUAGCGUUCACGAUUUAGGUAGUCGAGUGAUAGAUAAGAUUAUAAUUUACAUUGACUGAUGAGUAUUUGCGUCCUUUUAAUCUAGGACAGAAUUGUAAGUAUCAAAUGGUCUCAUACCGUGCGAUUACGUAACGAUGCAUGAGUGUAAAAGCAUUUGUGUGUAUGCAUGAAUACAUGCGCGCGAAGAAUAGGUGCGUUUUAUCAUUGUGAUCAAUUUAUAUAUGUGACGCUGUUCUCCCGAAUAAGAAUCGAAUAUUAAAUAGUUGAAGGCGUUACAUUGACUAAUGAUCUUUCUCAUUCGCUUAAUUCAUUUCAUGAAUGUUCGAUCGUACAAGUUUUUGGCACUAUAUCGUGUAUCGUUAUUUUGUAGCAUUUUUUAUUGUGCACUUAGCUAAGAAAGAGAAAGGGAGAGAAACGCAGCAUAACAUCAAAAUUAGACACUGAUAAGGCGCAUUUUAAAUAAACAGCAUUUAAGAAUGUGCCAUGCAUAUGAGAAUAUUUUAUAGAUCGUUUGUCAAUAAACGUGUCGAAAAA